AUGGCUGUCCCUGAUUACAAGAACCUUCUCGAGAAGUUCGACGACCUGACGACACGUGGCAUAAUUCAAUACUCGCCACCCCGUAAGGUGGAAUUUGAAGACGACGGAUUCACAUUCGAAUUUUACAUCACCGAUGCGCUCUCAAGCAAGCCGCAAGCCGGGGAAGCCGUGCAGACUGAAGAUCAUCCCACCCGCUUCGGACCCGGAAGCGACAUCCUGAACAACAACUCCGAAAUGCUGCUAGCGAACAUCAACUCCACGCACCUGCUUGUGCUGAACAAGUUCUGCGUGUUUCGGUCCCAGCUACUUCUCCUGACCGCCGACUCCUACCGUCGCCAGAGCGAGCAACUCGAUCUUGAAGAUUUCAAGGCCGUUUGCGACAUUCUUCCCUUGAUGGGCGAUCCGCAUAUGGCCAUGUACAAUUGCGGCGCCAAGUCUGGAGCAAGUAGGCAGCAUAAGCACAUCCAUGUUUUGCCCCGGCCAAGUCACCUUUUCCCUGAUGACCGGAAUUUUGAUCCUGCGAAGAUUCCUUUCCUUUACCUUCUUCAGUAUUUGGACAAGGGCAUCAUUGGAAGCCGAGAUGGACCACAAGUUCUCCUGCAAACUUAUCAGGACUUGCUGGGGAGGGCGAAACAGGCAUCAAGCAAUUGCUCCGAGGAUGCGGAGUAUGCACAUAAUAUUGUGCUUACGAACGAAUGGCUGAUUGUCAUUCCUAGGAGCCGUGCCAUUUUCGAGGGAAUAGCAACGAAUGCUGCUGGCAUGGUAGGUUCUGUCUGGCUGAACGACGACAUUCAAAUGGACGACUGGAAAGCGAAGGGACCGAAAAAAGUUUUGCGUCAACUUGGCCUACCUAGAGUUCAGAAUGCGGUGGGGUUGUGA